GUGACGCGACCCGGAAGCGGCCGGGCUGGGUCUCCGUGCGGCGGCGGCGGCGGCAUGUUCACGGCGGGGGCCGAGAGUCUGCUCCACCAGGCCAGGGAGAUCCAGGAUGAGGAGUUGCAGAAGUUCUGUUCCCGGGUCGCGAAGCUGCUGCAGAAGGACGACCCGGGGCCUGACGCGGUGGACGCCCUACAGAGGCUGUUCCUCAUCGUCUCGGCCACGAAAUACAAGAGGCGGCUGGAGAAGACGUGCGUGGACCUGCUACAGACCACCCUCUGCUCGCCCAAGUGCCCUGAGCAGCUCCAGCUUCUGUGCGCGGCCAUCCUGAGAGAAAGGUCGCCCUCCGACGACCUAAGCCUAUCCUGUGACCAUGUCCAGAGCAGCCAGCAGCUGAGCCUGGUGGCCUCGGUGCUCUUGGCCCAGGGUGACAGAAAGGAGGAGGUCCGAAGCGUGGGCCAGCGCGCCUUCAGAGUCCUCGAGAGCCGGCAGCCCGAGGGGCCCAGUCUGAGACACCUGCUCCCGGUCGUGUCCAAGGUCACGCGCCUGGCUCCGCACUCCCUCCAUGAAGACCAGACCAGCCUGCUCAGCAAGAGGUUGGUGGACUGGCUUCGCUAUGCCAGCAUCCAGCAAGGGGUCCCACACGCUUCUGGAGGCUUCUUCUCCACACCCAGAGCCCGGCAGCCGGGCCCUGUCACCGAGGUGGAUGGGGCGGUAGCCACAGAUUUCUUCACGGUGCUGUCCACGGGCCAGCACUUCACGGAGGACCAGUGGCUGAACGUGCAGGCUUUCUCCAUGCUGCGGGCAUGGCUGCUGGCCAGCAGCCCCCAGGGCCCCAGCGCCCCGGACUCAGAUGACAAGUCGGAGCUGGAGGGCUCCACCCUGUCCGUGCUGUCGGCCACAUCCACUGCCAGCCACCUGCUGCCGCCCCAGGAGCGGCUGAGGGAGAAGGCCUUUGAGUACUGCCAGCGCCUAGUGGAGCAGAGCACACGGCGAGCCCUGAGAAAGGGGGACGCGGACCUGCAGAAAGCUUGCCUGGUGGAGGCCGUGCUGGUGCUGGACGUGCUCUGCCGGCAGGACCCGUCCUUCCUGUACCGCACGCUGUCCUGCCUGAAGGCGCUGCACACACGGCUGUGCGGGGACCUGGCGCGGGCGCGGGCGCUGCUGCCCAUUGCGCAGUUCUUCCUGAGACACGGGGAGGCCGCCGCCGUGGACUCAGAAGCCAUCUUCCAGCACCUGUUCACCAGGGUCCCCUGCGAGCUCUUCCACAGCCCCACGCUGGCCUUCGAGUUUGUCCGCUUCUGCGGGGACAGCCUGCCCCUGUUCGGCAGGAACCUUGACAUUCUCAAGCAGAGCUUCCCCAACCUCUUCAAGCUCCUGGCCUGGAACAGCCCGCCCCUCACCUCUGAGUUCGUGGAGCUCCUGCCGUGGCUGGUGGACCCCGGCACUGCUGUGGAGAUGCUCCACGCGCUGCUGGACCUGCCCUGUCUAACCGCGGCCUUGGAUCUGCAGCUCAGGCUGUCACCGGCUGCGUCAGAGAGGCCACUGUGGGACAUCUCCCUCAGGAACCCCAGCUGCCUGGAGGCUUCCCGGGACCCACAGUUCCAGGCUCUUCUCCAGCACCUGCUGCGGGCCAAGGCUAGCGGAACCGUGGAGAAGUUGGUGCCCCUCCACCAGCUGCUGCAGCCCAUGGCCAGCUGUGCCCGGGUGGUCCAGUGCGCCGAGGCCGUGCCCACGCUGCUCCAGGCCUUCUUUACCGCAGUGACUCAGUUUGCGGACGGGGUUCUGGCCAACCAGCUGGCGCUGCUGCUCCUGGAGAGAUAUGACUCCCUUUACCAGGUGCCCCAGUACGAGGCCCGUGUGCACAGGGUGCUGAGCUCCCAGUUCCUGGCCCUGUGCGCGCUGCACCCGUCACUGGUGGUCGAGCUGGCGAAAGAGCUGCUGGAGUUCGUGGGGAGCGUGAGCAGUGUCCGCAGCCGGGGGGCCAUGCUCGCCUCCGUGGCCUGGGCCAUCGGCGAGUACCUGUCUGUGUCCUGGGACCGGCGGUGCACCGUGGAGCAGAUCAACAGGUUCUUUGAGGCCCUCGAGGCUCUGCUGUUCGAGCUCACCCAGUCGCGCCCUUCUGCCGCCCUCCCCGAGUGCCCCCCACAGGUCAUCGCCGUGCUGGUGACCACGCUGACCAAGCUGGCCUCCCGGAGCCAAGACCUGAUUCCCAGGGUCUCUCUGUUCCUGUCAAAGAUGAGGACCCUGGCCCAGAGCCCGGCGCCGAGCUCCAUGCACCGUGAGGAGGGCGCAGCAGCCGUCCGCACGCGGGCCACUGAGCUCCUGACGCUGCUGAAGAUGCCCAGUGUGGCCCAGUUUGUGUUCACGCCCAGCGCAGAGCUGUCCGAGCCCCGCUACCACCGUGACGCCAACACCGCCCUGCCGCUGGCCCUGCGCACGGUCAGCCGCCUGGUGGAGAAGGAAAUGGGCCUCCUGCCAGGGUGAGGGGCGCGACCUGCGGGACUCCGGCCUGGCCGCAGAAUGAGAGCCAAGAUGCGGCUGCCACCAGCGGGGGCGUGAGACCUGGGGAGGAGCCCCGGGUGGGUCUGGGUCCCUCUGUGUGGGUCAGGCUGUCCCGUCCUCAGCCUUUGGGUGUUUGUCUCUGUCCCAUGCUGAGCUGUGUGGUGACACAGAUCUGAUUUGGAGCUCUCACCCCGUUGGGGGUGGGUGGGGGCUGCUUGGUUUGUU